GGCGCGUGCGGAUAUUUAAACAGCGACCAGCUCCGCCUCCCUUGUCACUGCUGCAGAGCUACGAACAUCUAGCGCUCGGGAGAGAGGGAGAGCCCAAUCGAAGACAUUCCAGCUAAACGCUUCAGCGUAUUUUCUACUGUGACGGAAAUUUAAAAGGCUGUGGUGAUGUCAUCCACACACGAGAAGCUGAUCACUCAUGUGAUGAAGGAGGAGCCAGUUGGCUCCAGGAACAAGGUGACGGUGGUGGGUGUCGGCAUGGUUGGCAUGGCGUCGGCCGUCAGCAUCCUGAUUAAGGAGCUGGCGGACGAGGUGGCGCUGGUGGAUGUGAUGGAGGACAAGCUGAAGGGCGAGGCCAUGGACCUGCAGCACGGGGGGCUCUUCCUGCGCACGCCCAAAAUUGUGGCCGACAAGGACUACAGUGUGACCGCCAACUCCAAGGUCGUCGUGGUGACAGCUGGCGCUCGCCAACAAGAGGGGGAGAGCCGCCUGAACCUGGUUCAGCGCAACGUCAACAUCUUCAAGUUCAUCAUCCCCAACAUCGUCAAGUACAGCCCCAACUGCAUCAUCCUCGUGGUGUCAAACCCCGUGGACAUCCUGACCUAUGUUGCCUGGAAACUGAGCGGCUUCCCCAGGCACCGCGUCAUUGGCAGUGGCACCAACCUGGACUCCGCCCGCUUCCGCUUCCUGAUGGGCGAGCGGCUGCACAUCCACCCCUCCAGCUGCCACGGCUGGAUCGUCGGAGAGCACGGGGACUCCAGCGUGCCGGUGUGGAGCGGGGUGAACGUGGCCGGAGUUUCCCUCAAAGAGCUGAACCCCGAAAUGGGAACGGACAAAGACACGGAGAACUGGAAGACCGUCCACAAAAUGGUGGUCGAAGGUGCCUAUGAAGUCAUUAAGCUGAAGGGGUAUACCUCAUGGGCCAUCGGCCUGUCCGUCGCUGACCUGGUGGAGACCAUUCUCAAGAACUUGAGGAAGGUACACCCUGUGUCCACCCUUGUGCAGGGCAUGCACGGUGUGAAGGACGAGGUCUUCCUCAGCGUGCCGUGUGUGCUGGGGAACAGUGGGCUGACCGACGUGGUCCGCAUGACCCUGAAGCCCGAGGAGGAGCACCAGCUGGUGAAGAGCGCAGAGACCCUGUGGGGCGUCCAGAAAGAGCUGACGCUGUGAGAACCGCGCCCCAAACUGCGCCCCUCGCCCCCGCCCCUCCCCCUCGCCCCUGCCCCGGCCCCUCCCCCCCACGCUGGCCCCUGCCAACACCCCUUGCCCCUGCCUCUGCCCCUCCCCACACCCCCAAAGAGAACAUGGGGGACCGCCCUAAAUCCAUCACUGGAUCCAUGCGCGCCCCCCUUCUACCAAACGCUCCCAAGACUGACCUCAAACUGUUACACCCCUCAACCAGACCGCUCCGGCUCCACCCAGCGGGGGCGGGGGGUUAGGGUUCGCUCAUAGUCGUAAAGCAAUGUUACAGGGCCAUCUGUCUGUGUGCAUGUGUGUGUUGUACAUACUGUAUUUAGUCUAACCCUUCCUGUAGACACAAGCCCAGCACUUAACACACAGCACACACAGCUUUGAAGUUAACCACCUGGGCAUUCUGGCUCCCAUUCUGCCAUGGUUCUGUAUUCUUGCACAGAACCAUUCCCUGCCACCCUGUUCACACUCAAAUCAGGGAUCCCACCCCCGUCACAACAGGUCUGCUGCAUCUUACAGAUGAAACUCAGCCACCCACACACACUCCAGAGAACUUGGACCUAACCCUGAUUUUAGCAUUUCAGCUGAAGAGCACUGGACAUAGCCUUUCACUGCCUCACAAACUUCAAUGGAAAUAUAAAACCAGGUAACAAACUUCACACAUUUUAAUUAUUUUACUUAUUUAAAUAUAAAUAGGAACUUGCCUUUCUGGAGAACCAAAGCUGUGUAGUCUGGUGUGCUUCUGUCAGAAUAUGGGCCUGUGCUGUAAGGACAGCCAUGACCGUGUGCGUUAGCGACCGAUUUGUGACCGUUAGCGACCGAUGUGUGUGCGUUAGCGACCGACGUGUGUCUGUUAACGACCGACGUGUGUCUGUUAACGACCGACGUGUGUCUGUUAGCGACCGACGUGUGUCUGUUAGCGACCUGCGUGUGUCUGUUAGCGACCGACGUGUGUCUGUUAGCGACCGACGUGUGUCUGUUAGCGACCUGCGUGUGUCUGUUAGCGACCUGCGUGUGUCUGUUAGCGACCUGCGUGUGUCUGUUAGCGACCUGCGUGUGUCUGUUAGCGACCUGCGUGUGUCUGUUAUCGCUUCUUGUCCGCUAGAUGGCUGCAGGGUUCGUUUUAGCCUGAGCUCUCUGUCCCUGCAAAGAUGCUUCUCCACACCCCGGCCCUGCUCCUUAGUCAGCCCCACACUCACGGGUGUCAAACUGCUGCACCACCAGGACAGGCUGUAUGACGGGCAAGUUGUUUUUCUCAUCGCCCCCCAUAAAGCUCCCAACUGGUCCUUAUCCUCACAUGUAUGUGGUGUGUUAGGACUAUGUUCAGCAAAGGUGAGCUUCGCGCGAGGGGAAAAGCAGCUUCGGGCCCUUCGUGUUGAGGCAGCUGGAUCGGUUGGUUUGUAUCCUCUCUGCCACAAAAAUAAAACUUCCAGGGGAAUCACAA